AUGCCUGCCCCCAUUCCUCUGUCCCCAAAGAGACGCUCGCCACUGCGGGUUGAGUUCUUCCCCGACGACGCUUCUAUCGAUAAUGAAGACGAUAUGAUGACACUGGUUCCGCACGGGGGCCUGCCCCUAAAGUCCCCAUUAUCUUCUCAUUUUGCUUCAACCUCGUCAAAGAUGCACUUACAGCCCUUGCCCGUCGGAAAGUUCCCGGACAUAUAUGAUUCGAUAGAUGAGAAACAAAACUCUACAUACCGAUCAGUAUUGGACGAAGCUCAAGAGUGCCCGUCCACCCAGUCAGAUAGUUCUCCUCCCGCGAUGAUGGAGGAUACCUUCGGAGCUUCCGACUCGGAUGUAUCUAUGGAAGAGAGCUUCAAUUAUGAGGCAGAGACCAAGCUUUGGAAUUCCUUCUGGUCGUCAAAUAGACAGCCACCGCUUACUCCAACCCGGUCCUACAAGUUUGACCCAGUCAUUGCAUCACCAAGGCAUGCACAGAACUUUCAGUUAACUCCUAUCAACCGGAACUUUGCCUCCCUCAAUCUCUCUGGGCUCAAUAUCUCCUCGCCGCCUUCGGGUGAACUGCAUCGAUCAGAUGCUGUCCGAACUCCUCGACGCAAUCAACGGCGCCAAUGCUCCGCGGAAGCAAAUGCCAAAACCCCUAAAGCACUUUACUCGCCCUUCCCUCCAGCACCAAGAGCGCAGGAAUGCCCUACCGAAGAGUCCUGUCUUCCACUUCACAAGUCUUGGCCGACUCGAUCCGAUUCCAGAGCCGCUUGUCGCCCACUUCGCUCUCGUGCGAACACCACGCCUACGAAUCCCCGUGUGCGUCGACCCUCUAACUUGAGCACCUGCACCGAGGUCCGCACCCAAUCUCAAUCCCCCUCGCCGUUCUCUGAUGCUGCUUUAUACAUGCGCUCUGCACCCACCACUCCUCAAUACGCCCCUCCGCCCAUGGGACUCAUGGGUAUGGAGAAAUCGGUCUUUGAAGAAGACGACGAUGAGGAAAAGUCCAGAGUCAUGCGCGCUCUAGAAAAUACGCUACAUAUCCGAAGUUGGAGUUCAAAUUCAGCAACUCAUUUGUUACGAUCCAAGGAAAAGGAAAAGGUUACAACCAAUGAGAAGUAUAUGGGGCAGGGAAGUCCAGCUGCUGAUAGCCACAAGGGAGGUCGCUGUCUUAGAGGCAAAGCUAGGAGGGCCAGUGAAGCGCUGAGGGGAGUUUUGGGAAUUAAGAGGCAAAGGACCUCGCUAUGA